ACUUUUUGUCUUGAGAUAUAUUGUCGCUAAUGUGUUCUUACGCUGUGCCAGCUUGCGUCAAUAAUAAACUCCAAACCAGUCCCGCAACGUUGCUCGCACAUAACAGUCACAUUUAUUGCUUUUAAAAGUUGACGGCAAAAAUAUCUUACAAUAUUUUAAAAUUGAAUCGAAAGAGCAUUUUUCUUACAAACAAACACAAUGUCAGGAAUGUAUGGUUUCGCCAGGAUGUCAGAUAGCAAAUCCGUGGUGCAAUUCGUGAAGGACAUAGAGAACCAACCGUGUUUAUACAACACGAAAUCGCACGAAUACGUUAAUCACGCGUUGAAAAGGAAAACGUGGAUGCAUAUCGCUAAGAAAUGGAAUUGUACAGUGGCUGAAUGCAAAGAGAAAUGGAGAAAAAUACGGACAGCGUACAGCAGAUCUCUGAAGCCGAAAUAUCGUGACAAUAAACGGCUUCCUACCAGGCCGUACUAUCUCGCUAGUUACCUCAAAUUCAUCACACCUACAAAAAAUAGUGUACCACCAUCAAAAAACAAUGACAUCAAAACUGAAAUGAAACCUGAUGAAGUCAAUGACAUGUUAGAGGAUUCUGAUGAAAAGAUUGAUACUCAAGAUGAACAGUCUGACGAGAUGCUUGAAGACAACGACUGUUUUAAUAGUGAUGAUGAUGAAUUUUUCGAUGAUAAUGAUAUAUCAAUGGAUGAGGAAACAAUUUCUAAUGAAAACAAAAUGAAAGAAUCUAAAAAAGUUAAAGUUGGAAAUAAUUUUAUCACAAUAAUGGGGAGUUUAGACAAUGUUACAAAUAACGUAAAGAGCCACAAAAUUAAAAACAACCAUGCUAUUUUGAAGGAUAGGAAAGGAGCCAUUAAAAAUGAAGUGAUAACGAAAGAAGAUAGAAAAAGUAAAAUUAGAAAUAACCAUACUAGUGAGCAAAGAUGUUCUUACUGUGCAAAUAUAGAGUCCAAGCCUAGGAAAAUGUUACUGUUCAGUCUUCUGCCAGAUAUUGAAGCUUUAACUGAACAGCAAAUGAGAUCUUUUAGAAGGGAGUUGAUAGAUUUAAUUGAUAAAUGUAAAUACGGUGAAAAUACUGUUCAAUAAAAAUAAAGGCAUAGACUAAUGACAAAAUCGGUCUAUGAAUAAUUAAACAUUGGUGAUUAGGAUCGCAAUUAAUUUAUUUUUCAAUGGCGUCGAUUCUGAUAGACUAGAGUUUAUAAAAGUAUAAAUUAAAAAAAUUUAA